AUGCGCGGGAAACGUAGCGUCAGUCGGCCGCAGUCGCUGGAAGUGCGCGCACGUCGCGUCCGUUCGCAUCUUAUAGUCGCCGCUCACCUGACCGUACCGGCACAUUGCGCGCUCACCAUGGCGGCGGGAGGUCGUACACCGAAGCAGAGGAGGUUCGAGAUGUCGUCGGGAAUGGGCGCGCGGGAGGCGAACGCGUCGCGUCGGAGGCGCGGGAGCUGCAAGUGCCUGUUCGGCGCGCCGGACCGCGACGAGACGCGCCGCCUAAUGGCGGAGCAGUACGCGCGCGAGCGGAAGCGGUUCAUACGGCGGUUCAACUUCGACGUGGAGACCGAGUGCGCGUACAAAGCGAAGCUCGACUCGCCCGCCAAGUUCGCGGAGGAAAAGGACAGCUCGAGGACGGCGGCGGAGGCGCUCUCGUGCGUGGGCAACACGGACUUGAGGGUGCUGGGUUCGCCGUCGAGGCGUAGCGGUGGCAGCGCGGCCAGUUCGCCGCGCACGCCACGCACGCCGCGCACGCCGCGCGCCGCACGCACGCCGCGCACGCCACGCACGCCCGCCUCGAGGAGGCAGCUGCAGAUGACAGAUUAUUGGACUUUAAGAAAGCACACGGAAUCCGGUUCGAGUGACAAGGAGAAC